GAAGCACAUGGUAACAGAAAAUUGACCACUUGACUAAAUUGAAGAACAAAAACAGACUCUAAACGAAAUUAUUCAAUACAAUCCAAUCCAACACUAUUUUUGAAAUUCGUUAACAAAAAAAAAGGUUACUAAAAAUAGAAAAACAAAACCUGGCCAAUGAUGAUUUCUAAAAGCCUUCAAACUUCCCCAAGAACACCGGGCAACCGCCUCUCCCCAACCAGACAAAAAUUCCACACACCCUUUUUAAAGAACCCCACAAUUCUCCAAGAACAACAACAAAAACGAAAUCUAGAUUUCUUCCUUUCAGGCAAAAAAGAUGAAUCCCAUUUCAAUUCUCGUACCUAUUUUAGUUCUAUCCCUCUGCCAAUUCCAAAUCCUCGCUGAUCAGCUGCAGCAGCAGCAACCAGCAGCCUCCGGAGGAGGAGGUAAUGAGCUGAUCACCAAAACCUGCACCAGCACCCCAUACAAGGACUUCUGCAUAUCAAUCUUACAAUCUUCCCCCAAAAGCAAUGGGGCAGAUCUCUACGGCCUAGCGGAAAUCCUAAUGGAAACCGCAGCACAGAAUGUGAGCAGCAUAUACGAAAGCAUUAACCAUCUACAGAACGACUCGUCGCCCGACGCUUUCAUGGAGCAGUGUUUGGCAGACUGCUUGGAGAGUUUUCAGGACGCCAUAGACCAGAUUGAGGAUUCGGUCACAGCGUUGGAAUUCAAAGCCUAUAACGAUAUCAAGACUUGGGUUUCAGCUGCCAUGAGCGAUGCAGCAACCUGUGAUCAGGGGUUCAAAGACAGGCAAGGGUAUCAGUCUCCUGUUGCACAAAUGACCGCAGUUUUUGAUCAGAUUUGCAGCAUUAUCUUGGCUGUCACUCAUCUCUUAGCCGGAAAAUGAUAGUGCCAGCCUAAGCAGAGUUCAUCAUUUGUUUGGCCCUUAAAAUCUCUGGUUCUUUUUUAAAUUUUAUAUAAUAAUAUUAUGAUUCCUAUGUAAACAAAAUAACUACAUGAAGAUAACAAAUUAACACCACCCAAUGAAUCCAGAUCCCUUAAAGGGGACAACACUUGUAUAUUUCUACAUUUUAAACCCAGUUCAUACCUCUGGAUCUUCAGUUUCCUUUCAUUUUCUCUCGGACAGAAUACUGCAUAAGAAAACUUGAUGAGAACCGAUGAUUAAUCAGAGUAAUACAGUUUAAGAAAGAA